ACAGUCAAGACUGAAAUGACCUACAGACUCCUAUAAAAGGCCAAUGGAGAUCCCGGCUAUGGAUGGUGUACUUUUGCUUCGCUCCUCGCUGAGAAAGGGUCGCUCCGCUAUAUUAUUGCCAUGUCUUUUCAACUUUCUGGUGGCUCCAGGCGAGUCUGCUCACGAACUGGCCCAGGGCGGCUGUCUGGUGGAGGUCCAGGUUUCGGGGCUGGGAACGUAUGCCGUGGGUCUGGAGCCGGGAGCAGCGUUUCUUUUACUCUUGGGAGCACUUCUUCCGGUGGAGGUUUCUGUAAUGGUGGUGGGGGCUUCUCUGCUGGUUUUCUUGGAAAUGAGCAUGGCCUCCUUUCCGGGAAUGAAAAGAUGACCAUGCAAAACCUCAACGACCGCCUGGCAUGCUACCUGGACCACGUCCGAGCCCUCGAGGAGGCAAACGUAGACCUGGAGCAGAAAAUCAAGGCCUGGUACGAGAAAUACGGGCCCGGUUCUUGCCGGGGUCUAGAUCAUGACCACACGAGAUAUAUCUCAGUCAUUGAAGAUCUUAAGAGACAGGUUAUUUCCAUGGCCACCUGUAAUGCCAGCAUUAUUCUGCAAAAUGACAAUGCCAGACUGACUGCUGAUGACUUCAGGCUGAAGUAUGAAAAUGAACUUGCUCUACACCAGAGUGUAGAGGCCGACAUCAAUGGUCUUCACAGGGUUAUGGAUGAGCUGACCCUUUGUACAACCGACCUCGAGAUACAGUUUGAAACGCUCAGUGAGGAAUUGGCAUACCUUAAAAAAAAUCACGAGGAGGAAAUGAAUGUCCUACAGUACGCGGCUGGGGGGGAUGUGAACGUGGAGGUGAACGCAGCGCCAGGCGUGGACCUAACUGUCCUGUUGAACAACAUGAGGGCCGAGUAUGAGGACUUGUCUGAGCAGAACCGCAAAGACACGGAGGCCUGGUUUAAUGAAAAGAGUGCCUCACUGCAACAACAGAUUUCUGAUGAUUCAGGAGCAGCCGCCACAGCCAGAAAUGAGCUGAUGGAGCUGAAACGCAAUCUGCAAACCUUGGAAAUAGAACUUCAGUCCCUCGUGGCCAUGAAACAUUCGUAUGAAUGCUCCCUGGCUGAAACUGAAGGUAAUUACUGCCUCCAGCUCCAGCAGAUCCAGGACCAGAUUGGGGCAAUGGAGGAAGAGUUGCAACAGAUUCGCACAGAAACAGAAGGCCAGAAGCUGGAGUACCAACAGCUUCUAGAUAUCAAAAUAUUUUUAGAAAAAGAAAUAGAAACGUAUUGCAAAUUACUAGAUGGAGAAGAAAGAAAAAGCAAGUCCACAUGUUACAAAUCAAAAGGACGUGGGCCAAUACAUUCCGAAAAUCAAGUCAAAGACUCAAAAGAAGAAAUUGUCGUCAAAACAGUGGUUGAGGAACUAGAUCAACUUGGCAAUGUCCUUUCCCUGAGGGUCCACUCAGUUGAAGAAAAAUCCUCCAAAAUAAGCAACAUUACAAUGGAGCAAAGAGUACCUUCUAAAGCACCAAAGUGAGAAAACAAGUUAUGAAGAAAAAAAAAAAAAAGCCUGCCUCUGCAGAAUCCCAUUGACUAAAUAACCCAAAGAAAUAAUUUAUUUCUGUUCUUAAAAAAUGCAAGGGCUAGAAUUUGGUUUCCUUCUCUACUCUUCUUUUUCUCAUGUUCUUUCCAUGUAAUCUUUCUGAGAAGUAGGAGAAAUCUUGCUCCAUCUCAAUGUUUUGUUUCU